AUGGUAGUGGGCUGGUGGUGGGCCGGUGGUGGUUGCCUGGUCGCCUGGUUGGUUCCCACUUUCCCGGUCGUCGCGACUCCUCCUGAGCAGCCCGAUGCGGGCGCCGACGUCAAGGGAAUAAUGCUUCCGCUCGCGCGGGCGCGGCUGACGAAGAAGCCGACUCACUACAUCCGCUCCACUGCCCCCGCCUACGGGAUCCCCGUUGUCCGCCCUUGCAAGAUUGGACCAACGGCUGUGACGCUGGUGUCGAGAACGCCAUUGCCAACAUGGACGGCCAGGAACCGCCUUCCCCGAUUUCGGGGUAUCGAAUCCCAAACCCAAAGCUUCGCUGGCCACCUAACGGCACCGAGUCCAGUUCCCACGAACAAGAGGUUCGCUGCAGUUGCCUCGACUAUAUCCCCGGCGGCUUCGGGUCCGUUGUCAAGGACACUCAGGAGAAAAUGGAGAUGGAAAGGACAAAAAGCCAGUCCUUCGUUUUCCACGAUCACUCCGGCUCCUCCAAGGAGGAAGUCCUUUCGCCGCCCUCUUGGGACCACUGUGUUGCUGCCGCAGAUCUCUCUCCCUGAUGACGACUCUUUCGCCAUGAAAGCAAUCUUUUACGCUCUCGCUUUCCCCGGCCAGUUCAUGAGCACACCCAACAGCGUUCUCGUCGGCCGCCUGACCAUAAUGCUUAUUCAAAUACCCCCAUCCGUUACUUCGGAUCUAUGGCAGGCAGUACCCAGGACACCAUUGCACCUUCCACAUGCCACUUCCAAUGAUGGCAACCGCAUUGGGCCCCUCCGCCUUCGGUCUUCUUGGAGCCGGUCCCGGAAGAGCCCCUCGAAAUCAACAUUGAGCACCUGGGGUAGGAGUUGCCGCUCAAGCAACUAUGGCAACUCUUACCCAGGCCAGCAAGGUAACUUCCGCCACCAGAAGAAGACCACAACAAUGACCUCGUUCCUGCAAAACCCGUUGAGGGCACCGCGGUCCUCAAGCCCAGUCACCUGCCGGCUACGGCUCCCAGAUGGGUUACAUCUGAAGACCUUGGGCAUUGACCCGAGCUCCAAAGAAGCUCGAGUUGCCGACUCGGGCGAAGGACGAAACAGCUUCCUGUUGCUAGGGGUUUGGGACACCGCCGUCACAUGUCCGCAUCGGCUUGCUGGCGGCUCUGCGCACCCGCAAGCUCAACUCCCAGACCAUCGGUGGACGGGUGUUGGGGUCACCGCUAGCCACAGCCCCGUCAUUGGCAAUGGUGCCAAGAUCGUCGAGAGACCUCAGGGGCGGGAUGCUCGAGGAGGAGGGCAGGAGAGAAGGGUGGAAGUAGGGGGCUCGAGAGUGAAGGGAUGCGGAAUUGUGGAAUAA